AUGAAAACAUUCCCUUUUCUUAUAGUCAUAGCACUUCUCACUCUGAAUGUGAUUGCUGCCCCAACACCAAGUCCCGGAAGUACCAUCGGCACUGGCCUCCUGGUUGAAACAUCCUCCGGGCCCAUUCAAGGUUUUUUCAAUCUCACAGCCCCUGAUGUUCGACAAUUCUUGGGCAUUCCAUUCGCAGAGCCGCCUGUGGGAGAUCUUCGUUUUGAAAGGCCCCAGAGAAAACAGUCCAAUGGAAUAGUAGAUGCCUACACGCUUCCCAACUCAUGCAUGCAGCAGUUCGACACUAGCAGCUCUACCAUCUACACUACGUAUGAGAAAGGGUUCCUCAUCAGUGGCAGCCACUCCGAGGACUGUCUCUAUCUCUCGAUCUGGGCACCACGGUUUGAGAAUGUUCAGUCACAGCAGCGCGCAUUGCCCGUUCUCCUUUAUAUUCCAGGAGGUGGCUUUACCAGCGGUGGACAAGCUUCGCUAUAUAAGAUCCCCGAUCAAUGGGUGCAGCGAACACAGUCUCACAUUGUGGUUAUUAUGAAUUAUCGAGUGAAUGUCUUUGGCUUCCCUAAUGCAAAGGGAUUGACGGAUCAGAACCUCGGGCUCCUGGAUCAAAGACUCGCUGUUGAGUGGGUCCACGAUAACAUAGCCAACUUCGGCGGCGACCCAGAUAGGAUUACUCUAUGGGGACAGUCCGCUGGGGCUGCGAGCGUCAGCAUUUACCCGUACGGGUAUCCGAAAGACCCCAUCGUGGCAGGCCUCAUUGCGGACUCUGGUGGCCCCAAUAUUGUUGGCAGUCCGGACACAGCUCAGACAAACUUCACUUUUCUGGCGGGACUGGUUGGCUGCAAGGGCCUCAAUUCCGAUGAUGAAAUCAAUUGCGUACGCAAAAUCCCAGCGCAGGAUCUUGAGAAUGCGCUGUCCUGGUAUUCAGGUAACGAUACAGCACCGUCCAUUUCCUUUACACCCGUUGUCGACAACAAGACUACGUUUGCGAAUUGGACCCAGCAGAUACUAGAGGGUAAAAUAGCCACGACGCCGAUGAUCAUUGGCAGCAAUUCAAAUGAAGGAGCCGGUUUCGUCUCAUUCACGCCCAAUGGACCAGGCCCAGCAGCACUAGCCAGCGCAACAAAAAUUGUCAGCUGUGGCGUCUCCGAGGAAGUAAAGAACCGCAACGGAGGAGACAUCCCGACCUAUCGAUACGAGUAUGCUGGUAACUUUUCAAAUGUCUCGCCUCUUCCUUGGUUCGGUGCCUACCAUAGUUCCGAGCUACCUUUAGUUUUUGGAACUCACUACGAGUACGGUGGACCUUCGACUAGCUUCGAAUGGGAUGUGAGCUAUGCGAUGGAGGCAUUAUGGCUGAGCUUUGCUGAGAACCCUACACGAGGGCCUGCACGACUUGCAAUUGGGGAUGUUGCUGCGAAUCCGACGAAUAGUAGCUACUUUUCUUGGCCGCGGUCCCAGCAGAGCUCUUCGAAUAUGCUGCUUUUUGCUGAUAACAACGAGGUGAUGCAGCUCGUGUCUUCGGAGAGUAGUGAUGUUUCCUGUUCUAGUUCGUAA